AUGGACUCCCCGCAGCGCCCCGCGCCGCCUCCGCCGGCCCCGCGCCGCCCGCCGCUCGGGCCUCCUCCGGGCCCCGACACAGGCGAGGUCCUGCAGCAGAUCAUGGCCAUCACCGACCAGAGCCUGGAAGAGGCGCAGGCCAGGUGCUGCGCGGGCUCGAUGGGGGCGGGGCCACCCAAAGUCGCGGCAGAGACGGGGGCUGGCCCAGGGGCCAGGGCCAAGUUGGCAGGGGGCCCGAGGGUGUUAAGCAUCCAUGGCAUUCAAGAAGAAGGUCCCCCCAGUGCUCAGCUCAUGAGGCUGGAUAACAUGCUGCUGGCCGAGGGUGUAUCCAGGCCGGAGAGGCGAGGAAGAGGAGGAUCGGCGGCAGCGGCCAACACAGCAACACCAGGUGGCUGUCCAAAUGACAAUAGCCUUGAGCACUCUGACUACAGGGCCAAGCUGUCCCAGAUCCGACAGAUUUACCACUCUGAGCUAGAGAAAUAUGAACAGGCCUGCCGUGAGUUCACCACGCACGUCACCAACCUUCUCCGGGAGCAGAGCAGGAUGAGGCCUGUCUCGCCCAAGGAGAUCGAGCGCAUGGUCAGUGUCAUCCACGGCAAGUUCAAUGCCAUCCAGAUGCAGUUGAAGCAGAGCACCUGCGAGGCUGUGAUGACCCUGCGUUCACGGUUCCUCGAUGCCAGGCGCAAGCGGCGGAACUUCAGCAAGCAGGCCACCGAAGUGCUGAAUGAGUAUUUUUACUCCCAUCUGAGCAACCCUUACCCCAGCGAAGAAGCCAAAGAAGAGCUGGCCAGGAAGGGCGGCAUCACAGUGUCCCAGGUCUCCAACUGGUUCGGCAACAAAAGAAUCCGAUAUAAAAAGAACAUGGGGAAGUUUCAAGAAGAGGCUACCAUUUAUACAACUAAAAUGGAAGUUGACGCCACCAAAGUCGGGGGCCUGGGGAGCCAGGCUAGCUGCCCAUCAACACCCAGCCCCGGUCCCUCUGGUCCCUUCCCGCUGACCAGUGCCGGGGAUGCGCUUAUCACCCUGCAGACACUGGCCUCUCUCCGCCCCGCCCCUGCGGGAGGCAGCUUGCGGUCCCAGGAGUGUACCCUACCGUGCCGGCUGACCCCACUGAUUCACCCGCAGCCCCUAGUUGGUGCAGGGAAUGGAUGCCUGCUGGGGCCAUUUGGCAGGACCUGGUGCAGGGCGAUGCAUCGCCACGGCCCGGGGCAGCUACCAGGGAGCCGCCCCCCCAGUGUCCGCCGCUUCGCCUGCUGGAGACCCCGGCAGCGUCAACUCAGACGCAUCUAAUUAAGUUUUGGGGACGAGCAGAAAAGCAGACCGGGUGGCCUGCCGUGGUUUGCGGGCACUCGAGUCUUUACUGCGCGUGCAGCUGAUUAUUACCUCAAAAACCCAGAAGCGCAGCAGGCGGCGGGUGCCAUCCUUUGCUUGCCGGCCGGGCCCUGAAAUGGGCUGAGAUGCUGCUCAUUUUCUCAAUUCAGUUUGGUUUUUUAAUAGUAAUUUUAUGCUAAGACUGUGAAUUGUUUCUUCUAGGACUUGUCACAAAGUCUCCCAUUAAAGUUUUGGACUUAUUUUCA